AUGUCUAUGGAGAAUCAAAGAUUGGAUAAUUCUAGUGAUGAAAAGGAGAAGUCACACUCCGAAUAUGUGAACUCGGUACAUUCGGCUUCAAUCUCAGAUUCUGACUUUGAGCCUUACAAAAUGACUGCGGAUCAAGUAGUACAGUAUUUUCAAACUGAUAUUAAUCAUGGACUUAGCUCUGCUGUUGCCAAAGAGCAUCUGGCCAAGUAUGGCCCUAAUACACUAGGUGAAGGGACUAAGAUUUCGAUUACCAAGAUUGUUGCUCAUCAGACUUGUAAUGCUAUGAUUCUCGUCCUAAUUAUCUCAAUGAUUAUUGCUCUAGCUAUUCAGGAUUGGAUUUCUGGGGGUGUUAUAGGUUUCGUUGUUCUGUUAAACGUAGUUGUUGGUUCCAUCCAAGAGUUUAAAGCGGAACAGACCAUGGGAUCAUUGCGAUCUUUAAGCUCUCCAACGGCUAGAGUGAUAAGAGAUGGGAAUGACCAAACAAUACCUUCCGAAGAGGUUGUUCCCGGAGAUAUUGUUAUUGUAAAAGUUGGUGACACCAUUCCAGCAGACAUGCGAUUGUUCAACGCCAUGAAUUUUGAAACUGAUGAAGCUCUUCUUACUGGGGAGGCUAUGCCCGUAGUCAAAAGUCCUCAUGAUGUUUACAAGCAAGUGGUACCAGUAGGUGACCGUCUAAACUUAGCGUAUAGUAGCUCAAACGUCACCAAAGGUAGAGCCCAGGGUAUUGUUGUAUUCACGGCUCUUGAAACUGAAAUAGGGAAGAUUGCAAAGUCGUUGAGCAAUAAGACUUCUAAGGUGCGAACGGUUAGCAAGGACGAUCAGGGAAAUGCCAACGCUUUUGCUUAUCUCAGAGCCGGAUUCGGUACUAUAAAGGACAAUGUGCUUUCAUUCUUGGGUCUAACUGUGGGAACUCCCUUACAAAAGAGAUUGUCAAAGCUAGCAAUUUUCCUAUUCUGUAUUGCGGUCGUAUUUGCUAUCGUUGUUAUGGCUUCCCAGUCUUUUGAAGUAAACAAACAAGUUGCUAUCUAUGCCAUCUGUGUGGCUUUAUCCAUGAUACCUUCCUCGUUGGUCGUUGUCCUAACUAUUACUAUGGCUGUGGGAGCAAAGAUUAUGAUUAGUAGAAAUGUGAUCGUAAGAAAACUAGAUUCACUGGAAGCUUUGGGUGCUGUUAAUGAUAUUUGCUCUGACAAAACUGGAACUUUGACUCAAGGACGAAUGAUUGCCAAGAAUGUUUGGGUGCCGGCUGUGGGUACUUUUGCUGUUGUCGACUCCACUGAUCCUUUCAAUCCGACCUUGGGAAAAGUUGAGUUUAUUCCCAAAUCCCCGGUACAAAUUUUAGAAGAUGAUGAGAAUUUAUUUCAAGUGUACGAUAAAUUUGAAGACGGCUCGGUUCAGAAAGAGUUAUUUCACAAAUGGUUAUUCACUGCAACACUGGCUAACAUUGCUAAAGUUUUUGAGGAAAAAAAUGACAAUGGUGAAGUAGUCUGGAAAUCUCAUGGUGAUCCUACCGAGAUCGCUAUACAAGUUUUUACCACGAGGUUAGGAUAUAGCAGGGAUGACUUGUCGUAUGAUUCUCCGGAUUCUCCGUACGAGCAUCUUGCAGAAUUUCCAUUCGAUUCGUCGAUCAAGCGAAUGACUGCAAUCUAUUCUGAAAGGAAAUCAGGCAAGCACACCAUUUAUACAAAAGGUGCGGUGGAGAGAGUUCUCGGGUGCUGUAAUAAGAUUUACCAAACAGACGGAACGACUCGACCGCUCACUGAUGAAGACCAUAAGAAUAUUGAGGAGCAGAUGAAUGCGUUUUCCAGUCAAGGAUUGCGAGUUCUUUCUUUUGCCCAGAGACAUCCUGAGCCAGAAGAUCAUUGGAAUAAUGUUGAUAGAGCUGUGGUCGAAUCAGACCUCACUUUUUUGGGGCUUAUUGGUAUUUAUGACCCACCAAGACAGGAAACCGCUCCUUCUGUGAAGAUGUGCCACAAGGCUGGUAUCAACGUUAGAAUGGCUACUGGUGACCAUCCCUCCACUGCCCGUGCUAUUGCUCAAGAAGUAGGUAUUUUACCCCAUAAUUUGUAUCACUACGCACCUGAAGUUGUUAAAGUCAUGGUUAUGACUGCGACGGAGUUUGAUGCCUUAACAGACGAUGAAGUUGACGCUUUACCAGUCUUACCACUGGUCAUAGCUCGUUGUGCUCCACAGACGAAAGUUCGUCUUAUUGAUGCACUUCAUAGAAGAAAGAAGUUUUGUGCUAUGACUGGAGAUGGUGUCAACGAUUCACCUUCGUUGAAGAAGUCUGACGUUGGUAUUGCUAUGGGUAUGAAUGGUUCAGAUGUCGCAAAAGAUGCAUCUGAUAUUGUGCUUUCAGAUGAUAACUUUGCUUCCAUCCUAAAUGCAGUUGAAGAAGGCCGUAGAAUGGGGGAUAAUAUUCAAAAAUUUGUACUGCAAUUACUGGCUGUUAAUGUUGCUCAAGCCCUAUAUUUGAUGGUGGGUCUUGUUUUCAUGGAUGAAGCUGGAUUCUCCGUUUUUCCGUUAACUCCUGUUGAAGUUUUGUGGGUUAUUGUGGUCACAUCAUGUUUCCCUGCUAUGGGUUUAGGUAUGGAGAAGGCUUCUGUUGAUAUUAUGGAGAAGCCACCUAAAGACCCCAAGGAUAAUGUUUUUACCUGGGAAAUUCUUUGUGAUAUGUUGGUGUAUGGGAUAAUUAUGGCUAUUUGUUGUAUGGGUCCGUUCCUUAUCGUUGUUUACGGAGAUGGUAAUGCUAGCGGUGAACCUCGUUUAGGUGUGGACUGUAAUGAUGCAUAUAGUUCCUCCUGUGAUGCAGUAUUCAGGGCCAGGUCUUCCUGUUUUGCUGUGAUGACAUGGUGUGCCCUUAUUCUGGCUUGGGAAGUGAUUGAUCUACGCCGAUCACUGUUUCGUAUGCAUCCUGACUCGGAGACUCCAUAUACCCAGUUUUUCAAAGAUGUAUGGGACAAUCAGUUGUUAUUCUGGUCAGUUUGUCUUGGAUUUAUCACACUCAUUCCAACGAUCUAUAUUCCCGUCAUUAAUACAAAGGUAUUCUUGCACAAAGGUAUUUCUUGGGAAUGGGGUGUUUCUAUUGGAUUUGCGCUCGUAUUUUGGAUAGGUGCUGAAGGUUGGAAGUGGGUGAAACGUAUUUAUUACCGCCGAAAGGACGAGAAGGCCAGAAAUCCGGAAUAUGAUUUGGAAAGGAAUGAUCCGUUCGCACAAUAUGCAUCAUUUUCUAGAACAAACACCAUGGACAACCAAAAGAAGUUAUUCGGUUAA